AUGUUGUCAAUAGUCGAUGUAAUUAAUGCGUCUGCAGGAUACACAAAACCAAUGCGUUCUGGUGAAGAAUUAUUACGGAGUGGAAUGGUGAUUUCGGUUGGAAGAAAAGAAAAAAAUAAUACCAUAAUUCACGUACAAGCACUGGUACUGCGCACGUCGGGAUUAAAUUCCAAACAUCCAGCCAUUAUAAAACUAUGGAUAGAUGUAUCUCAAGAAUAUGGAAAUAGAUUAGUUGGUGAUAAUGAACAAGAAUUCACAAAGGUCUGCGAUUGCCCUGCUGGAGCUUCAGAGAAAUGUAAACACAUAUUAGCUGUCAUGCUUUAUCUCUCAAGAACUGAGGAGGCAGAUCUGGAGGACCUGAGUUGUACCGACAUUGAAAAACAAUGA